CGGGUCGGGAGGACCGUCAAACGCUCUCCAUUUACUUCAGAGUUCAUGAACAAAAGUUUCCUUCCAGUGGGGGUUUUAAGCAGCCACCGCGCAACAAAGUGAAUUCGCACAGAGAAGCGAAGCAUCGAGUUACCAAUGGAGACCAGAGACAAGCUCAGACUAGCCUUAACCAUCAUCAUCUCUUCUUUCUUAGCUCUAUCAAUUCCCAUAUUAUUCUCUCGAAAAUUCUUCAAAACCCAAAAACAAAGAAAAAUUUGUUAUCUCAAUACAGAAUCUAAGGCUCAAAGCACUUUUAAACGCAUCUUAGCUGAAAAUUCUUACUUCCAGUUUAAACACUUGAAACUGCAAACUCAAUCAAAUGAGGAAUAUUCGAACUUGCAUCCGUAUAAGGGGGAGAUUUCGAAGCUAUUGAAGAAUCCGGAUAUUGGGUUUUUGGAGUUUCUUGAUGGGUUUGAUAAUGGUGGUGAAAAAUGGAAUUGUGAGAUGUCGGAUCCUUUGGUGUGGACUGAGACCAAGUCGCAGCUAGAAGAGCUAGCUGAGGUUUUGAGUAAAGAGAGAGUUUUUGCGGUGGAUACUGAGCAGCAUAGCCUGAGAUCCUUCUUGGGCUUCACAGCUCUCAUUCAGAUAUCAACUAAAAGGCAGGAUUAUUUGGUCGACACGAUAGCCCUUCAUGAUGUUAUGGGGAUUCUUAGGCCAGUAUUUGCUCAUCCUGGAAUUUGCAAGGUGUUCCAUGGUGCUGAUAAUGAUGUUCUCUGGCUUCAAAGAGAUUUCCACAUAUAUGUUGUAAACUUAUUUGAUACGGCAAAGGCAUGUGAUGUGUUAUCAAAACCACAGAGAUCAUUGGCGUAUUUGCUUGAAACAUAUUGUGAUGUUGCAACAAAUAAACUUUUACAGCGAGAAGACUGGAGACAACGUCCAUUGCCUGAAGAAAUGGUAAAAUAUGCGAGAUCUGAUGCACACUAUUUGUUGUACAUUGCAUAUUGUCUUUCUAUGGAGCUCAAACAGCAUAAAAAUGAUCCACCAAAUGGCUACAGCCACUGCAUUACUUUGCAAACUGAUGCUUCAAUUAUUUAUUGUGAUAUGAGAUGGCAUUUGUCAAAAUAUACACCUGCUAGUCGACGUUCCAAUGCAACUUGUUUGCAACUUUUCCAAAAAGAUAUUGAAGCUUAUCUCGGUGAAUCUACUGCUUUGUCAAUAAUUUCUCGUUGCUUGAAUGAUCAAGGGGGUAUUCCAUCCAGUUUGUGUGAUUUGAAGUUUCAGGAACUUGUGAGACGAUUCUGCGCAUGGAGGGAUAUAAUGGCUCGUAUCCAUGAUGAGAGCUUGAGAUUUGUUUUAUCUGAGCGUGCCAUCAUUGCACUUGCAGCUAAAAGACCAACAACUGAAUUGGAUAUAUGUAGCACUAUAUCCGAAGCUGAUCCAGAUGUUGAAUUGAUGACUCUCUUUCCUCUCCAAUCUCCGUCCUCUGUUGUUAGUUGUCAUCUCGAAGACCUUCAUUACCUUUUCCAAGCUGAAAUAGGUGCAGUUGAUGAUGUGUUACAAAUGUUUAUCCAGCAGCACCUAGGUCCAGAUGGUAGCUGUCCUCUUUCUGCAUAUAAUUAUGCUUUGUUGACCCAAACUGGCCUGAAACAAACUAUAAGAGCCACCUCCAAUCAAAACGGAUUUAAAGCUGCAAAACAGUUGGCGAAGAAGGCUUCUAGAGAACUCUUCGUUCAAAAAUUUUCCUGCAAAUCUCCGGUCUAUCACAACUUCAAAAUCUAUGCAAAUGAUGGACGUUUAUUGUGUCACUGUGAUCGCAAAAAACUUGAAUGGUAUCUCAAUCGGAAUCUGGCAAAACUUGUUGAAGAUGAUCCUCCUGCUAUCAUGCUCUGCUUCGAACCCAAAGGUCGUCCAGAAGAUGAGGACAAUGACUUUUACAUUCAAAGUAAGAAAAAUAUAUGUGUGAGCUGUGGUGAAGGGAAUCACUACUUGCGGUACAGGAUUAUACCCUCAUGCUACAGAAUGCAUUUUCCUGAGCACUUAAAAAGCCAUCGUUCCCAUGAUAUUGUCCUCCUUUGCGUUGACUGUCACGAAAUUGCUCAUGCUGCUGCUGAAAAGUAUAAGAAGCAAAUAGCUGCUGAAUUUGACAUACCACUUUUUAUUCGUAAAGUAGUUGACUUGAAUCAGGUGCACAAUGCUUCAGCCUCUACGCCGACGAUUAUUUCUGAGGAGGCAGGUGUAUCUCCUUUACAGUUGCGUACAGCGGCUAUGGCUCUGCUACGCCAUGGAACAAGAAUGCCAUGCAAACGCCGUGAAGAAUUGAUGCAGGUUGUCAUGAAGUACUAUGGAGGGAGAGAAAUAUCAGAUGAAGAUCUUGAAAGAGCACUGCUAGUUGGAAUGAGUCCACACGAGAGAAGAAAAUUUGAGAAAAAGAGAGGUUUGGCAUUUAAAAAUUCUUUAAAAUCUAUGAAUCUGAAUGGCGAGAGAGAAAAUAAUAUAUGUGGCAAAGCUACUACCUCCAUUCAGAAUGACUUGAAUGGUACGGCUGCUGGUCAUUUAUACGUCAAUGCAGGAGAGACGGAUCAGAAAGAGGGUUAUCUUGACAUUUUGAUGGGAGAUGAUACGGGUGUAAACACACGGCCUUUGUUUUCUAAUGGUAGAGUCAAUAGUGCAGUAUCUGCUGAUGAGGGAAAUGAUAUUGCAGAUAUAAAGGAAUUCCCAGAUAUCAAAACCAGUUCUACUUCUAAUCAUGAUGAUAUUUGUGAAAGUGAAUCCCCAUCAAAUGAGACUACUAAUCCCCUUGAUGAUAGAGACAUUUCGUUAAACCGUGAAUCAAAAUUGUCAUUAUUGGGACAUGGACCUCACGGGAAACAGGUAGUCGAGCAUCUGCUCAAAGAGUAUGGAGAAGAAGGAAUUUGUCAAUUUUGCCAGAGAUGGAGACAAGUUUUUGUUGAAGCCCUUCAUCCUCGUUUCUUACCUGGUGGCUGGGAUGUAAAUCACAGUGGCAAACGAGAUUUUGGGGAAUUCAGCGUGUACAAGCCUGGAAAGAACAUUCGUGCCAUCGCCAUUUGAUGUUGGACGCUAUUUUGCUUGUGAUAAACGAGAUUUUGAGAAAUUCAGCUCCUAGAAAUCUGUGUCCUGUCAAGGAUUAGAGAACACAAUGACAGUACUGCAAAGUGAGAUGAAUGCACUUUAGCCGCUUUAUUUCGUUUUUCAUUUUAUUCUCCAUUCGUUGACUGCGGCUUUUUUUUUUUUUUUUUGUUAGUUUCGGGAAGCAGUUGAUGCUGAAGAGAUUAGUUUGUUGUAUGUACCAUAUGCGUAUUCAUUCAUUAGUUCUAUUGAGGAAGAUAUUUUCAUUGCUUAAGGGAGAUUUAAUGACAUGCUUUUAGAAAAGAAUUUGAGCCGAAAUUGAGCAAUAUAUGUACAGGGUUAUGAGCUGUCCCAAACAUGCACGUAAUUGCAGUCAAUCUUUUUCCUGAAUUGGGGAAAAAAAGAUUUUAUUACCUCAUCAUAUAUGAUGAGUGGACUGUCUAAAGAAAUUGAAGUUUAAAGAUGAAAAUUGUGGGCCGAUGAUAGGACUCUUUUUUAUGUCUAUUCUCUAGUGCAAGCUAUUGAACUUUGCCUGGUCAUUGUAAAAUUGAAGAUUCUGAAUUUUGUGGAGUCUUAUAUUUCAUCUUAAAAUUUCAGAUUCUGCAAUGUGAAAAAAUCACGCGCUCCUGUAAAUCUGGGACUUUAAGGAAGCAGUGAGAAAGUCAGUUACCUGCACAGUUUGAUAGGAAAGCAGGAUCUGGAUUGGGACCAACUAAAAAUUUGACGACUCACUGUUGUUUAUAGAGACCUACAUUGCUUUUGUCCGCUCCCAAUUAAUAGUUUUUAUACGCUGCACCUCAACUGAUUGGCGUUGAUUAAUGGCCUUUAUCUGUUAUACUUACCGAGCUGCUGAUCCUUUAGUCAGAAACUUCUACGGGGAAACUCAUGGUGUUCAUGAAGAAGUUCAACCUAUUAGUUUAGAUGUUGGAUGCCUAUCUAAAAGUUUAAACAUUAAUAAUGUUGUUUUACUAUUGGUAUAUUGAUAUGAAAACUAGGAUUGGUUUUGCUGUCAUGAUGAAAAAUAUAUUCUUGAGACACUUUCUGCUAACUGCAUUGUGUUCAAUUUUGCAGUUCCUGAUUUUCGAGGAGACCACAGCUGUGUUGAGAAAGUUGCAAAAUCUAGGUUAGAUGCUUUUGCUCACAACAUUGAAACUGUUGAGGAGCUUCAUGUCGAAGAUUCCUGAGAAGAAAAUUAAGGAGAUCGAUAGGGUGGUUUCACACACUACGUAGUUAGUGGUUUUUGUUUUGUUUUUUUGUUUUUUUUUUUUUUUUUGUUUUUUUUGUUUUUUUGGGAAAAUGGAUUGGAUUUUUACAUAAUUUGGAAUUUUGGAUCUGGAUUUUGUGCGAAUAUUGUUACAUUUUAGAGUUCAAUUAAUAAUGAUUAUUGGAAUUAUUUGAUAUA